CUGGUCUUACUAGUACUUACUAGUCUUUUUCUAAAAGCCAGUAAUUUUCUCUUUGGGAAAAAUAUUAAAACUUCUUAUAUUAUUUAACCUCAAAGUGGAUGUGACGUGUUAAAGCGACAAUACCUGUCAUAAUAUAGUCGAAAUAUUUUUAGACUUUUACAGUAUUUUGGAGAAAUGUGUUUACCUUUACCUACAGCUCUUGUAAAUAAAUACAAAUAGCAACUACUACAUAUCUUUACCCCGAAUAAAUUAUAGGCAUGGCCAAUAAUUUAGAACACAACUUACAGCCAUCUGAGCUGGAAUCCUAUGCACUUAAUAAACAAGGGAAAGGGAACAAUAACCAAAACGGCAACUCCUACGAAAAUGUAGAAUUUAGAAAUUUCGAUACAAUAGACGUGGAAGUCAAAGACUCAUCAACAACGUACAACGUUGAUAAACUUUGCUUGUCACGUGGCAUUACGAUUAAAAAACUCCAAAAUGAGAACAAAAAAUUGAAAAACGAUUUGGAAAAAGCUGGUGUCGAUCUCGAAUCGUCUAGAAGAACGUUCGAAGCUGUAACAGGCGAGUUAAAGAAGCAAUUAGACGUGGCACAGAAACGGGAAUCUGAAGGAAUAGCAACGACGCUCGACUUGCGUUUGGAAAAUGAGAAAUUGCAUGUUUUAUUGGAAUCCAAGCAGAGUUUGGUUGACAAACUGAAGAAGGAGUUGUUGAAUGUGAAACGUGCGCUGAAGGUGGCGAUUAAAGACAUCUGCACCGUCUCCGGGGCAUCGCAGGGUUUCAAUGGUGGUCUCGAGGAUCGUCCUUAUAGCGCCCGGAGCCCAUGUCCCAGAAGCUCCAAAGUCAAGGUCAAGGUCAGAUUCGCGGACAAUAACUCGGACUCUCCGAAGAACAGGCAAACUUAGGUUUUUUCAUUAAAGUUAGGUAUAUAUUCGAAUAUAUAGUGUGUACUUUGGAUAUAACCGCAAACUUAGACAAGACGUAGGUUUUAGUGCUAUAAAACAAUUCCACAA